AUGCUGGCUCUCCCCCUCACAUCAUCAGCCGCCUCGCUCGAUGUCCUCAAAUUCAAAAACUGGGACCUCCACAUCCUAGCCCCCGGAUGCAACCCGAACAACUCCAACUUCGACAUCUCCCUAUAUCACCGGUCCGGCAUCACAGGAAAUACCUGUACGUCCCUGAUCGACGACUCCAAUCCCGAUAGAACCAAGGCGGAGACGAUCUCAUGGAAGAGCCCCAUCGCCUCGCAUUACGAUCUGUGCACCUUUCGCGAUGGAAACUGUUCGAAGGACUCGUUUAUCGAGGCUGUGAGGAGUUUGAAAUUUUUAUUUGAAUCUGGUGUGGCUAUGCUCUGA